AGAUGUUGGGGUUUUUAGUGGAUUUAGGAACCGAAUUCGGGAGAGAUGAAAAGGGGUUGAAUUUCUUGGUCCAAACGAUUCUAAAAUUUUAAAAUAAUAUUAAAAAAAAAAGAAAAAAAGAAAAAAAAUUAAAUUACAGAAACAAAGAAAAAGAGAUCACUCAUUGGUACCAACAACCUUUUGCUUUCCUCAUCGAUCAAAACACCUCCCUUCUUUGUUUAUCUUUUUUGUAUUUUCUUCUUCUUCUUCUUCUUCUUCUUUUUCUUCCCAUUUUUUGUUUUCCAAAAUCUGAAUGAAUGCUUACCCAUUUCAUAUAAUCUGAAUGAAUGUGUUUCCUCUUCCUCUGAUUCCCUCCAUUGCUCUCUCUGUUUCUGAGUUUCUGGGAUUUUCUUGUCCCAUUUCCCCCCUUUUUGUUUUCCUGUUCUUCAAGAUUCAUCAUCGAUUAUAGAGAUUUUUUGUGAUCUGGGUUUGUUUGAAAUCAGGUGAAAAUGGGGGAAGAGAGUGAGGAAGGAAGGGCAGAGAAGACAUAGGGAGAGUUGAGAGAGACAGAGAGAGGAAGAGAGAGAGAGAGAGAGAGAGAGAGAUGAGAGAAGUUUCAGAGUGAUAAUGUACAAGGAUUACGCCGGAAUCGUGAAGGCUUGGGAAGCAACCGUGAGAAAAACACAAAACUCAGCGAAGAAGAGGGCUAAUAGCAUUUUUGCAGCAAUGUCUGUCGCUCCAGCCGACGACGAGCCUGGUCCUGGUGAGCUUCAUCACACGGAGAAAGCGAUCCCCAAUGGCGAUUUCUACACAGGGCAAUGGAUGGAUAGCACGCCCCACGGCCAUGGUAAGUACCUUUGGACCGAUGGGUGUAUGUACGUUGGUGAAUGGUACAAAGGGAAGACCAUAGGGAAGGGGAAAUUCAGCUGGCCUUCUGGAGCCACUUACGAAGGGGAUUUCAAAAGCGGCUAUAUGGAUGGUAAAGGUACUUACACUGGUUCAUCUGGGGAUACCUAUAGGGGAUGUUGGGUGAUGAAUUUGAGACAUGGACAAGGCACCCAAAACUACGCCAAUGGGGAUUACUAUGAAGGGGAAUGGCGUAGAGGGUGUCAAGAUGGGCAGGGGAGGUAUCAAUGGAAGAAUGAGAAUCAUUACGUUGGACAGUGGAGGAAUGGGAAGAUGAGUGGCAAUGGGAGUAUGGUUUGGAACGAUGGGAAUCGAUAUGAUGGGUGUUGGGAAGAAGGGUUCCCUAAAGGGGAUGGAACCUUUAGAUGGGCUGAUGGGAGUUCUUAUGUUGGUGUUUGGAGUAAGGAUUCUACAGAGCUGACUGGGAAUUUUUAUCCAUCUGAUACUUCAGGGGCUGAAAUGAGCUCGAAUCCUCGUGAGCUUUUAGGCGAGUAUUUGAAUGAUUGUGUAAUUUGUUCAGGCGAAAGGAUUUUGAUCUAUCCGUCGCAGAAAAUGAUAAGUUGGUCGGGGCUCGACCUCGAUUCACUCCCAAGGCAAACUGUUUCGAGGAAAGGGAGUGAUGGGAUUAGGAGAUUGAGAAGAACAUCGGUUGAUGGUAAAAUCAGCAAUGCUAGUUUUGAAUCGUUUAAUGACAGUUCGAACGAACCAAGUUCGAGAAAUGGGAAAGGAACUCGUCUCCAAGAUUUGGACUCCAAAGGGAAAAGACAACCAACUUGUGGAUUUCAGUCAGCAAAUAGGCAAGGCGUUACAAUAUCAAAGGGACAUAAGAACUAUGAACUCAUGCUAAAUCUGCAGCUGGGGAUCAGGCAUUCUGUUGGAAGGCCUGCUCCAGCAACGUCCCUUGAUCUGAAGUCAUCGGCUUUCGAUCCGAAGGAGAAAGUGUGGACGAAGUUUCCACCGGAAGGAUCGAAGCAUACGCCUCCUCAUCAAUCUUCUGACUUCAGAUGGAAGGAUUACUGUCCUGUUGUCUUCAGGACUCUUAGGAAACUGUUCGAGGUCGAUCCAGCUGAUUACAUGCUAUCGAUAUGUGGAAACGACGCCCUUCGGGAACUCUCUUCCCCCGGAAAGAGCGGGAGUUUCUUUUAUUUAACCCAUGAUGACAGAUACAUGAUUAAAACCAUGAGGAAGGCUGAAGUUAAAGUUCUCUUGAGGAUGCUUCCAGCCUAUUACAAGCACGUUCGGUCCUUCGAAAAUACACUCGUCACGAAAUUUUAUGGCCUUCAUUGUGUGAGAGUGACUGGGACUGCACAAAAGAAGGUGCGAUUUGUGAUAAUGGGAAAUCUGUUUUGUUCCGAAUACACUAUCCACAGGCGUUUUGACUUGAAAGGUUCGUCUCUUGGUCGUAUAACCGACAAACCAGAGGCCGAAAUCGAUGGAACAACCACCCUAAAAGAUCUUGACCUUAAUUACAUAUUUCGGUUGCAGAAGAUCUGGUUUCAAGAAUUUUGUAGACAAGUAGACAAGGAUUGUGACUUUCUUGAACAGGAGAGAAUCAUGGACUAUAGUCUACUAGUUGGUCUUCACUUCCAAGAAACUUCGUAUCAGGAAGCGAGCACACCCGAAAGCCAUCAUUCAGGUUUCUGCUGUCCAGUUGAUUAUUUCUUAAGCAACUCGAAUUGUCUGUCGAGAGCAGAUAAGGAACAAGACUCUGCCAGGUGGGCUUCCAUUAGUCUAGGCAUCAAUAUGCCAGCACGGGUAGAGCGGACGGUGAGACAUGGAGAGCCCGAAACUCAGCUAGUAGGAGAACCCACUGGGGAGUUGCAUGAUGUGAUCAUUUUCUUUGGUAUAAUCGACAUACUACAAGACUAUGAUAUCAGCAAGAAACUGGAGCAUGCUUAUAAAUCAUUCCAAUACGAUCCAUCGUCGAUCUCUGCUGUUGAUCCAAAACAAUAUUCAAAACGCUUUCGAGAUUUCAUCUUCAGAAUUUUUUUAGAAGACACUUGAAGAAAUUGUUAUACUGACCCAAUUCAUCAAAAUUUGCAGACAGUGGCCAUCCUUGUACAGUCGGUCCGUUGUGAGAAAUGAUAUCGGGUUUUUGAUAGAGUUGUAGCGUUCAGCCACAGAAAAAUGAACAGAAAAAGAAAGAAAGAGCAACCAUUUGGUGUAUAAAUUAAGGUAACCAUGUAGAGCUUUGGCCAAUUAUGCAUUGUAUUCUUUUUUCUUUCAAAGUUAGAGAGUUAUUAGAAAAUUAUGAUAUGAUUUAGAAAGUUAUAUAGAUGAGAGUUGUCACCCUCACCUCACCCACCUGUUACUAAUUUGUAAAUUCAUUUAUUAACCAAAGGUUGAGAACCCAAUUCUAAGUUGUAAUUAUAUUUAUUUCUUUCUCCACUCUUCAUUUCUACACUCAUUGAUAUGAAAUCAUAUCAUGAUGCCCUUCUCUCUCU